AUGAGUAUUUUUUCAAACUCAGUACCACUUCCUUUACCACCAGACCCCAGCUCACAAUACGAGAUUUUGCAAUGCAUAGGUCGUGGGAACUUUGGUGAUGUUUACAAAGCUAGGGAUUUAACAUCUAAUGAGAUCGUUGCUAUUAAGGUUGUGAACCUAGAAGACACAGAUGAACCAAUAGAUUUGUUAGCCCAAGAAAUAUUUUUCCUUUCCGAACUUAGAUCGCCAUAUAUCACGAAUUAUAAGACAGCAUUCCUAGUGGAUGUGUCGAUGUGGAUUGUGAUGGAGUAUUGUGGCGGCGGAUCAUGUGCGGAACUUCUAAAGUACACACCGGAGCAUAAGGUUACAGAGGAACAGUGCGCUUUCAUAGUGAGUGAAGUAUUGAUUGGAUUGGAUUAUUUACAUUCGCAAAGGAAGAUUCACAGAGAUAUUAAAUCCGCCAAUAUCUUGUUAACUGAUAACGGUCACGUUAAGUUAGGCGAUUUUGGUGUGAGCGGCCAAAUGAUGGUUACCAGGAAAAGGGACACCUUUGUAGGGACCCCAUUCUGGAUGGCACCUGAGGUUAUUGAUAGGAAUAAGCAAGGUUAUAAUGAGAUGGCAGAUAUUUGGUCUCUCGGUAUUACGGUUAUUGAAUUGUUAAUGGGACAUCCCCCUUUGGACAAAUAUGAUGCGAUGAAGGCGUUGAUGGCGAUUCCCAAGAGAGACCCCCCGAAAUUGGACAAAAGGUUUUCGUCCCAUGCAAGGGAUUUUGUUGCGCAGUGUUUAAUUAAAGAUCCCUCCCAGAGACCAACUGCUGCAGAGCUAUUAAAGCAUAGAUUUGUAAAGCGAGUUAGGUUAUACAAUUUACGUGACCAGGUUGACCUUGUCAAAAGGAAUAAGAUGAUUUCCUUUGCAAGUAGGGAGCCAAAGUACCCAUUAUUAAACAAGCUAUACAAAACCGGUAAGAAAUCUUACUUGGGAACUUGGGAUUUUGGCAUGUUAAAUGUACCAUCACCAGAGUCACAAUCAAGUCCAUUAUUAUCCAGCCCUUCAAAGACCCCAGAGACAAACAUUACCUCCUCUCCUACCUUGAACAACUAUUAUGAUGAAAAGGCACUCAAAGCUGCUGCUCCUUCACAGAAGGAACUAAACUUCUUUAAACAUGUUAUCCGCUACAGCUUACGACGCGUCCGUGAUAGAGCACGGACUCAAGAGACAAAAGACGCUGUAGAUCAAUUAUCAGUAAUAUUUGCCGAGAUCGAACAGAACCAUCCCGGUUUGAGCGAGGCAUUCACAGAGGAGGUUUCCAGACGAAUGGGUUAUUUAAAGCAAUAUAUAACCUGA